AUGUCCACCUAUUCGCGCACCAGCCGACGGACCGAGUUGAUUAACGGCUCAGCCACUGCACACCCUUACCCACGUACCCCAUCUCGGGCGAGCGCUGCUCGUACAACGAGCCCAACUUCCACGUUCUCGACAGCCACGUCGGGGAAUCCAUCGAAGUUGAAUGUGGUUACACGCGUCGCAAUUGAGGGGAAGUUCCGGCCUUCCAAAGAGACGGGCGCGGAAGUGAAGAUGUUCCUCAGAAUUGCCUUGCCAGUGGAAAGUGUAACUCCUGGCAUGACUAUUCCACUAUUCCCUGAGGACAAUGUAAGAAUAACCUUAAGCCAGGUUCACCCACUAGAUCAGCAAUCGGUUCCCUAUGCUUUUUCGACCACUUAUCAUCCGUUGCUUCACAAAGCCGCCAAACUCCUCAAUUUACCCGCACCCUCUUCCGUCCCGUACCAGUCCGUCUUUGGGUCCCUUCGAAGUGAUGCACCCUCAAUGUCGAGGCCGACAGCUUCUUCGCUUGGUAAUAGCGACGAUGCCGCCCCCUUAGACGUCAAUUAUACAGGCCACGUUCUUGUCUCUGGCUACCAGGUGUGCUAUAUAUUGCCAAAGGAAUUCCCACCUCUACAAGAACAUGGAGGUCAUUCGUCCCGAACGCCCUAUAAGAACAGGCGGUCAUCAUUGGGAGAAAAACACGUUCUUCAGUUUAUGGCUGCCAUCGAGAUGUAUAUUCCAUAUACGAGUAUGCCACCCCGGAACCCGUAUCUUCUAUCAAUACCAACCCCGCGGUGUCUUCAAAACUCCAUCAAGUUCCGAGUGAUAUCGAACAAACCUGUGUCAGCUUCAAUGGCAUCAUUAUCCUCGGUCGAAGAGGAUGUCGGCUGGGACUUCAGUGCUGACCCCAUCAUCAGCCCACGAAAGAACUCGCGACUCAGCAGAACAGAGUCUCACUACACUGAUUUCGCGGAUGAUGAGUCCAGUGAUUCAUCGGUCACCGAGAAACUCGUUUCUUGCUGCCAGGGUUCGUUUCAAAGUACAGAAAGAAUCCGUAUCCGUUGGGCGAAGCCACCCAAAUCGAUCCCGAAUUUCGUGGGUGCUGACGAUGGGUGGAAUCGAGCUGGCGUGGACAAAGUCAAAGGAGAAAUGAGAUGUUCGGUGAUAGGGAAGGGGAUAGCUAGCGGCCGGCAGGAUGGUCGAGAAGGCAUCAUCAUGAAAGUGGAAUAUACAGGCACUUGCACUGGACUAUGGUUCCCAGGUGUUGCCACGCUCGUCGGCCUGGACGUUGGUCUUGAGGCCAAGGGGUCAGACGUUUCAUGGAUCGAUGGCCAGGAUACGCAUUGGACGGUAUCUGGCGGACAUGGAUUCACCGGCUCCAACGUUGGUAGCAGGCUACCACCGUCAGACACUACUUCGCUGGCGACAAGCACGAUCACCGAAGACAACAUAUCGACGAACCCUUCUCACACCACUUCCUAUACGUCGGCAAACUCCCUGCUGCGCGCCCCCCUCCCUAAUCAAAGUCUGGCGGAGUACUCGUUUGAAGGGUCAACCGCAUUAACUCCAUCUGCGACUUUGUCCUCGAUUGGCUCUUUGACUCCCUCAUCCGGGGCCGAAGCCUCGAGUGGCAAUGUAGCUGACAGGAUUAAACCGCCUGGAUCUCCGGUCACAAUUCAUGUCAACAUGAACGAGUUCAUACCGCCAGCGAAGAAUUCAUUUGUAUUCAAGAUCUCGGGUAUCUGCCUCAUCACCCCCAGAUACCCACAUUUGACGUCUGCAUCCUAUCGUGAACCCGCAUCGUCCUCAUCAAAUACUGAAAGUGACAUGGAGCGCAACCAGAAUCCUUUGAUCGCUCUUCCCCGUUUCACCGUCCUUGCAGCGCAUUCAGAAACAACAACAACGAUCAUUGACAAUAAGCUUGACUCAGACUUACUGAAACUGGUUGUUUACAAUCCCUCGGGAGAUAUUUCUACGGAUGCCCAGGCCCUCAAAACAGUUCUACAGAAGGGCGGCUCGACUACAUGCAAUGAUGACGGAGGUCGAAUUACCUUGCGCUCUGCCGCUAGACACGGUAUAAUGCAUGGCCACGUCAAUUCGAUAAUGCGAGGAACACGUCGGCCAACAAUACCCAACAGCAAGCUCAAUGGAUCUACUAGCCUGAUCUCUUCUCGAGCUAUCACUGCUUCAAGCGCUGGAAGGAGCGGCCCGCUGCUGAUACCUUAUGCAACGGCGACUGUAACACCUCUACUUCUCGAGCGUGGAGGCGGUGCUCCAUUGGAUUCAUACGCCGUCCGCAUAUCUCUUCCUGUACCACUGGAUCCCGAUUGCAGUUACCUGGAGUUCGGCCUUGCCCAAAUAGAACUCGAAUCAGGCCCUGGUGGCGAACCGCCCAAUAUCGAUAUUGCCAGCGCUAGUGUUGACGGCAUUCCCGUCCGUUGCGAAAUCUCCGUGCCAAAACAAGACAAGGACGCCGGUCCGCAAUUCGAACAGAUGAGUGGCCAGGAGUGGCUGAGCUGGGUUACUGUUCAUACCCAAGGGCUUGGAGGCGGAUCCUUAGUGGUGGACUAUGUGGUCCAUGACGUUCUGCACCGUCAAAGUCCCAAAUCCAGGUGGAAAGGCAAGAGUGUAGAUGACCUAUCAAUGGAAGUGUUUCUCCCGGCGUUCGCCCUACCGGUGGGGCGCCUUGAGGUUCUGUUUGACGGUGUGCCAGGACUGGAAGUCGCGUCUCUUCGAUCGAACCUAGUAUACCAGCAGUCCUCAAUAUCCGGAGGAAGGCUGUUACAUUACUCCCUAGAUGCAUCAUAUCUCCCGCGACUUUCCGUUCGGAUACGACCGAGUCGGUUGCGCGGUUCAGCGCCAUCAUUGUCAUCUAUCUUUGGAUUCAUGGUCGUAUUGGGUUUACUUGCUGGUUCACUCGCAACGUUAUCGUUCUUAUUGGGUUUGGGCACGGAGGUUGAGCAACUGCAACGCUCCUUGGAGACUUAUUCGCUACUGAGGGAUGCCCCAGAGUGGCGCAAUCAUCCAGAGGCAGUCACUGUCACGACGACUGCAUACACCACCCACAUAGCCAGCCCGCAGUGGUGUCACAACACGUCUCAGCAGAACUAUGACACGUUCGUCACUGCUGUUGCACCCGCGGCGUCCGUGAUUAGCACCAAUAUUCCCGACGAUAAACCUCAGGAGGUCGUGUCUGAGGUCCCAGAUUCUGGCGACGGAGAUUGGGAUUCUGAUAGAGAUGGAGCGCCGGCAUUGCUACUGCUCGCGUAUCACAAGAUGGUAAAAUGGCCUUUAUCCUUGGAGAAAAUUGAUAUGAGCGUGGCCUUGGACAAAGUCGCAGCCACCGUGGACGUGAUAUGGCAAGUCCUACGCAAGAUAUACCAUUACCCAUUGGAUCCCCCAUAG